AGUUGAGCAAGUGGAGCCGGCAGCCGGCAGCAGGCAGCAUCAACAAGUCAACAAGAGGACGGAGCAAUCUUGUUCAUCUGCGGCUUCAAGGAGGGCCCAGUCGCUCUUUCGCUUCGCCCUUGCUGCUCUUCUCUCCUGGUCGUGUCUCCGCGCAAGUGUUGCCGAGAGCGUCUCUGUGCCUAGUCGUGCGGGCCGCACUCGCACGUGUCCUGGAUAACUUGAGCCUCCGUGCAGAUUAUAUUCGUAAAUCAUGGCAUCUCAAGGGGAUGGUGUGGCGAAGGUGCUCUCUGGCACUGAAGUCGCCAAGGAAAUUCGUCUUGGAUUGGCGGAUGAUGUUGCCAAGAUGGCCAAAGUGCUGCCUGACUACAAGCCUGGUCUGGCAAUCGUCCAAGUUGGAGGACGAGAAGACUCCAAUGUUUACAUACGCAUGAAACUUAAAGCCGCUGAAGAAAUUGGCAUCUCUGCAACCCGCCACCAAUUUCCAAGGACUAUUACUGAAGCAGAGCUCCUCAUGAAACUCAAGAAAUUGAAUGAUGACCCUAGCAUUCAUGGCAUUAUUGUGCAGAUGCCUCUUGAUUGUGACAACAAAAUCGAUUCUCAUCUCAUUACUGAUUCAGUUUCUCCUGAUAAAGAUGUAGAUGGGCUGAACACUAUUAAUGAAGGCCGUGUUGCUGUUGGUGACAUGGGGGGAUUUUUGCCUUGCACUCCCAAUGGUUGCAUUGAACUGAUAAAACGGAGUGGAACUCCUAUGCAGGGUGCUCAAGCAGUUGUCUUGGGAAGAAGUAAGAUUGUCGGAACUCCUGCUUCUGAGCUCCUGAAGUGGAAUAAUGCCACAGUUACAGUAUGCCAUUCCCGCACUAAGAAUUUGGAGAAAGUUACUGCUCAAGCUGAUAUACUUGUUGUGGCCAUUGGUCAACCUGAGAUGGUCAAGGGCAGCUGGGUCAAACCUGGAGCUGUGGUCAUCGAUUGUGGUAUCAACGCCAUCCCUGAUCCAACUAAAAAGACAGGCCAACGUUUGGUGGGUGAUGUGGCCUAUGAUGAAGCUAAGUUGGUGGCUUCUUACAUAACACCAGUUCCUGGGGGUGUUGGCCCUAUGACAGUUGCCAUGCUGAUGAAAAACACAGUACUCUCUGCUCAAAGAGCCUUUGAUAAACUUAUCAGUUGCAAGUGGAAUUUACGCCAUCUUCCUUUGAAGUUGCAGUCUCCUAUCCCCUCGGACAUUGCCAUUGCCCGAGCCCAGGAGCCCAAGGAUAUUAUGCAACUGGCUCAAGAGAUUGGUUUGUUCCCUGGUGAAGUGGAGCAGUAUGGAAGCAAGAAGGCUAAAAUUAACAUUUCUGUAGUUGACAGGCUGAAACAUUCUAAAAACGGCAAAUAUGUUGUUGUUGCUGGUAUCACACCCACACCUCUUGGAGAGGGGAAGAGUACUACAACGAUUGGUUUGUCCCAAGCCCUUUCUGUACACAAGGGUAAAAAUGCAUUUGCUUGUGUGAGGCAGCCUUCUCAAGGACCUACAUUUGGCAUUAAAGGUGGAGCUGCAGGAGGAGGGUAUUCCCAGGUGAUACCAAUGGAAGAGUUCAACCUCCAUCUCACUGGUGAUAUUCAUGCAGUUACUGCUGCCAACAACCUUCUGGCUGCUCAGAUCGAUGCUCGUAUGUUCCAUGAAGCCACUCAGUCUGACACUGAUCUGUUUGACAGGCUUGUUGCAAAGAUUGGUGGUGUUAAAAAGUUUUCCGAAAUCCAGUUGAGGAGACUGCAGCGACUUGGCAUUAACAAGACAGAGCCAGAUUCCCUCUCUCCAGAGGAAAAGAAACGCUUUGUUCGUCUGGACAUCAAUCCUGAAACAAUCACAUGGCCAAGAGUACUUGACACCAAUGACAGAUACCUCCGUGAGGUAACCAUUGGACAAUCUCCCACAGAGAAAGGCAAGACUAGAAAGACUGGAUUUAUGAUUUCUGUUGCUAGUGAGAUUAUGGCCAUAUUAGCACUUGCCCAAAGUAUGGACGAUAUGAUAGAGCGCUUGGCAAAAAUUGUUAUUGGCUAUGACAACAAUGGAAACCCUGUAACAGCUGAUGAUCUCGGUGUGACUGGAGCGUUGGCCAUCCUUCUGAAGGAUGCUAUUCAUCCUACUUUGAUGCAAACCUUGGAAGGAUCUCCUGUGCUUGUCCAUACUGGUCCUUUUGCCAACAUAGCACAUGGCUGUUCCUCUAUUGUGGCUGACUCUGUGGCUCUGAAGCUGGUUGGCCCUGAAGGUUACGUCAUAACAGAGGCAGGUUUUGGAUCAGACAUUGGCAUGGAGAAGUUCAUGAACAUUAAGUGUCGCACCUCUGGCCAUGUUCCCAAUGCCAUGGUCCUGGUGACGACGGUGCGAGCCCUCAAGAUGCAUGGAGGUGGCCCCCCAGUCGUCCCCGGCAUUCCCCUUAAGCCAGAAUACACCAAAGAAAACCUUGAACUUGUCAAGAAGGGUGUUUGCAACCUGCAGAAGCACAUAUCCAACGGAUUGAAGCAUGGUGUGCCUGUCAUUGUCGCAAUCAAUAGGUUCAAGGAAGACACAGAUGCAGAGUUGAACCUCAUCAAGGAAAUGAGCGAGUCCAGUGGUGCUUUCCGUGCUGUUAUUUGUUCUCACUUUGCUACUGGUGGUCCCGGGGCCCUGCAACUUGCGGAUGCCGUGAUCGAAGCCUGCAAUAAGCCCUCCUCUUUCAAAUUGCUCUAUCAAUCAAGUUUGAGUCUUAGGGAGAAAUUGAACGUUGUUGCCAAAGAAAUGUUUGGAGCGGGAGAAGUGGUGUGCUCACCUCUAGUGGAGCAAAGACUGAAGGACUAUGAAGCCCAAGGAUAUGGAAAUCUGCCAAUUUGUAUGGCUAAAACAUCUUUGUCACUCUCUGGGGAUGCUAAUGUGAAGGGAGCUCCCACUGGGUUCACACUUGCCAUAAACAAUGUUACUCUCAGUGCUGGUGCUGGAUUUGUUGUGUUGUACUGUGGCCAGAUUACUUUCCUGCCUGGGUUGAGCACUAGGCCAAGCUUCUUUGACAUGAAAUAUGAUACAGCUACUGGUGAAAUCCAUGGCCUGUUUUAAUCUAUCUAUAUUGUGUGUUAUGUGCUUGCCCCUUAUACUCAUGCUGUUUACUUCCUGUUACAUUUUUUCUAUAUUCCUUGUAACUAGUCACUUCUCUUUCACUUUGGAAUUUUUAUUCAAUCAAAAGUCGUAGGAUAUUUCCAUCUAAUACAUAAAAUUAUUUUUGUACACAUAUUUUCAAUAAAUAUAUUUUUU